AUCGGGAGGUGGUCAGUCCUCCACCACCCAAAGCAUCAGUUUAACCUAUUGACAAUAUUUACCCCCCCAGGCUCCUCUAUCAACUAUGUCCUCCGCAAUGAAGAAGUCACAAUCCAAGACCCCCAAUCCAGUCUAAAGGUAUACGAAGAUACGAACACAGUUAGUGGAAAUCACAUUCAGGUACGACUAUCUCUUCCCACCCCCCCCCCUCCGCAAAUUCUGCUCAAACUGCGGCAGGUUGGUUCCCCCGUCCCCCCUCUUCUUUGUUUGCAGUUGGCUGAGCACAAGCAUAGUCCGAUUAUAACAGAGACCCCCAGCUUUCCGGGGAAGGCUAUUGUGAAGGCUUCUUUGUUCGAUGUCAUCUCUCAGCCUGAUAAGGAGGUAUUCACGGCUCGAAGACAGGCAUGGGAGGGGCCUGUGGAGGGGGCAAAGCAGGAAUAG